GCUGCUCCAAAUUGCUCUGAAACAGCUUUAAUACAUAUAGCUGAUAUCUUGGCAAGAAUUGCUUCUGUAGAAGAAGGACUUAUUUUACUUAUUUAUGGAGAAAAUAUGAACUCAUGUGAAGAAGAAGAAAGUUCUACAGGUGCUCAUAUAAUUGCCCAGUUUUCAAAGAAACUCCUCGACGAAGAUAUUUCUAUUUUUUCUGGAUCUGAAAUGUUGCCUUUGCUUAAAGGAGCUUUUAUUUCUGUGUGUCGCCAAAUCUAUGGUACAUGUGAAGGCUUGCAGGUGUUACUUCAGUACAGUUUGCAUGAAUCUAUAGCAAAGGCGUGGAAGAAGACAAAUUUGUUAUCAGAAAGAAUUCCUACUCCAGUGGAGGGUUCUGAUUCUGUUUCUUCAGUAAGUCAGGAAUCCCAAAACAUUAUUGCAUGGGAAGACAACUUGUUAGAUGAUUUACUAAAUUUUGCUGCCACCCCCAAAGGAUUACUACUUCUUCAAAGAACAGGUGCCAUCAAUGAAUGUGUGACAUUUAUGUUCAACCAAUAUACAAAAAAAUUGCAG